CUUUGUAAGUAACUGCACAGACUCAGUAUAGGUGUCUCUUUCCAAUGUAUGUCUGUGAUCCAAUGCCUUUCAGCUUCUUAACUCACAUGUAUACAGUAUCUUUCUCAACCACCACUCACAAUCCACAUUUAAAUCUCUCUCUUCCUUUUUUUUUUUUUUUUUUUUUUACUUGAAAUUCUAAGUUCUUGAAAACACAUGGACCUUGGAAUCUUUGUUUAUUGAUAAAAGUAAUUGUCAUUGAAAGUCAAGAUUCACAAGCUAUUUUGUAUGUGGGAUCUGAGUUCUUUCUUUAAUCUAAACUAAGAUACGGGUCUAGCUAAUUAUGUAGAUAGCGGUUGAAGGUGAAACUAUCAAGUUUUGAUCAAAAGGGUGAUUUUCCUUUACCACAAGUGGCAACAACUCAGAAUUUAAGUCCCUAACUGGCUUGUUCUAGCUGAAAAUUUUGAUUAAUAGAAUAUGCCUCCAGACAGUCUGAGAUCAGCUGUAUACAGAUCCUUUGUCACCUGUGAUGAUCCCAAUGGUGUCGUGGAAUGUAAGACAGCCAGAAAAUCUAAGACUGACCAUUCAAAAAUGGAAAAAAAAGUUGUAAAAGAAAGAAGAUGCAACCAUUUGAAUGAGUCUUGUUCAUCAGAAGGGAGAGAGAGAGUCUGCAAAGAUGAUGAGUUAUAUUCUUCAUCUUCCUUCCAGCUAAUGGAGGUGUCCAGAGAAGCUCAAAAGCUGAACCAAGUGAUCGACUCAUGGUCUAAGGGUGUGACCUUUGAAAGGCAUUCCAAAGAUAUUGCAAAAGAUUUGUUGAAAGGAGCUCUUGAUUUACAGGAAUCACUAGUGAUGCUAGGAAAGCUGCAAGAAGCUUCACAGCAUAUGGCAAAGUUGAAGAAAAAACUGAAAGAUAAGCCUGUGAAAGAUGGAAUAGCCAUUGAAAGAACCAAGUCUGAAAGGAUUUCAGAUCACAGGUUUAACAGGCUUGAGUUUCAGAAACCAAGAUUUUCUGUUGAUAGGGCUUCCCGGGAUUGUUUUGAUGAGCUUAGGGAAGUGAUACGAGACAGUUUUACUAGACAAAAUCUGUUGCCACCAAGUUGUGCUUCAGACUUUGAUACAAGGAAAGCGGAAUUAUCUCCAGAUCUCCCCUUUACCAGCUUCACUAGCUCAAGUGAGUCGUCCUUCGAAAAGGCUUGUUUUGGUAGAAGAAAAAUGAUUAUAUUAUCGGAUGUCCCAUCCACUAGCUCAAGCCAGUCCUCCAUGCUUCAAUCCCAAGAGGUUACCUCUUUUGAUUAUUCCCCGCCACCAGACGGGCCUAAUUUAAUUGCCAGACUGAUGGGUCUUGAAGAGAUUCCUAGAAACCAAACUACCCAAAAGCACUUCGAGGUUGUCAAGCAGGGAAGACCUAUAUUUGAAUUAGAUUCACCAAAAGCAAAGAAGCCAGCAUUCAUCAGUCAGAAGGUGGAUGCAAAAACAAGAACAUUGGAUGAAAUAAUUGAAACCAUGCAUUUCAAGGGGCUUUUGAGAAGCAAGUCUAAUCACGGAACUCAUCAAUCUAGUGUUUCAGGUUUGUUAAACAAGUUUGUUGAUGAUUCUCCACCCAUUGUGAUCAUGAAGCCUCUGUAUGCUCCAGACUCGCACGGUGAAAGGUUUCCUCCCUGUAACCAUGAAGAAAAUCGAUCAGGCACUAGAAACACAACUGAAAAAUGGGAUGUAAAAGAAAAAAAUUCCCCUGAAAACUCUGAUGAUCAGGAAGGAGCAUUGAAUUUCACCAUAUACAGGAAACUGCAGAAAGGGAAAGAUCAAAAUAAUAGAUUCAGCAAAGAAAAAGGGCGGAAGAAUCAUGGUGAAGCACCUGCAAAAUCAAGGACUCUUGAAGAUCUGAUUCAAAGGAAACAGCCCAAUUCAAAAAUCAUAGCUUCUUCUCCUGGAAAGUAUCCUGUAAAAUCAAAGACUUUUGAUGUUCUGAGUCAAGAAAAACAGCCUAAUACAAAGAUUAGAGCUUCUUCUCCGGGCAAGAAUCGUGGUGAAGCACCUGCAAAUUCAAAGACACUUGAAGUUCUGUUUCAAGAAAAACAUCCUAAUACAAAUGCAAAUACAAAGACUGUUGAAGUUCUGAUUCAGGAAAAACAGCCUAAUACAAGGACUAGAGCUUCUUCUCCUGGAAAGACCCGACAACCAAAGAAAGAAACAAUUGAAAAAAUAGAGGAUGGGAGUCAACGAGUAGCUCCUGCUAUAAGAAACUCUAGAGAAAUGAAAAAUGUCAAAAUCAACGCCAGUGCUAAAUUUCAGGACCAAAGCAAGAUGAGCGCUAUGAAAGUGAAAAUACCAGAGAGAAAGCCAUUGGUUACACAAGCAAAAAGUACUAUAGCAGACCCUAAGCGCAUCACAACCACUGCAUCUCAUAACUCCAGUAAGAGGAAGAAGAAUGUUAAUGCUGACAAGUCCGUCAAGAGUACCCCCAUUGCUACGAUUGACAACACGGAACGCAAGGAUGAAAAUGUAGAGAGGGUGCAGGCAGUAGAGAAAGACACAGAUACACCCAUAAUCAAAUUUACAUCCUCAGAAGAAUUUCAGUUAGAAAAAGUGGCUGAUAUCUUUGAGAAUCUUGUCACCGAUAAUAGUGCCAAUGGUGAAAGUUUCCCUUGUGAAUCUAGCGUUCCAUCAAUCCAGUGUGUCAGUGACAUCAAAUUAGUGGAGCACACUAACUGUAACAUCAAUCUAGACUUCACUGAAAAUGAAAACUUCAACUCCGGAGCCACUACAAGGUAUUUACUGUUGAGCAGUGAAUCGUUCCUCUGUCGGUCCGAGGAGCUUUUUGAAACAGAUGCGUGGGAACCAACUGUAUGGCAGACAACUAGUGUGGAUCAUGACAUCGCUGAUAACACACUCUUACUUGAUUGUGCAAAUGAGUUGUUAGAAAAUAAAAGGUCUCAAUGUGCACUGGCAGUUGAUCCGUUAUCACUGAAGGCCAUUAAGAUGCGAAAAAAUUCUAUAUCGUUUGACAAGUUGGUGAAUGAAAUUUGUGACGGAAUUGAAGUUUUGCGAAGUUACAAUAAGGAUGCUGGCAAGGACCUUUCAGCAGAUGCUCUUUAUUCACUGCUAGAAAGAGAUCUAUGGUGCAAGGGCGUGGUCGGCAGUGCAUGGAAUCUGGGUUGGAGAACUGGAUUAACUAACAAUGAAGUUGAACAAGUGGUGAAUGAUAUUGAGAAGUAUCUUUUAACUGGAUUCAUCGAUGAUCUGUUGACUGACUUCAUGCUAUAGCCUUAGUACAUAUUCAGUUCGGCGAUUUAGGAGCUUGACUUAUAUAAUCUGUAAAUAAGAAUAUUCUUAUUCAGUAGAGGAGUUGAAAAGAAGCUGAGGUUUCAGACUAACAUAGAGUUUAGUAGCUCAAAUUACAUUUUAAUGCUGAGUUGAUCUUGAAUUUGUACAUUUCUUGCUGAUAUAGUUAUAUAAAUGUAGUCAAUGUAGAUAUGUGAUUUGUUUGAUUGCAA